AUGAAGCUGGCCCUCGUGUGUUUGUGCGUCCUGCACGUGGCCCUCGUCGGCGCCGGACUCUUCGCCCGCGACGGGGCACGAGCGCCUCAGAGCACAGGAUCUUCGAACCAAGGCAGACAGAGACCGCUGUUCGCGAGGAGAGGACAGCACGUACGGCAGAGCGUGCCGAAGCCCAGAGCGGUCCCUGUGCCUCCAAGUGGCCUCAGUCCUUCUUCUAGAGUGACACCCAAACCUGUGAAGCCUAAGUGCUCUCAGCUUACACAAAGCUGUCUACCCCAGUCUGGCUGCUGUGACCCAUAUUCCACGUGCCACUGCCGCUUCUUCAAUGCGAUUUGCUUCUGCCGAAGAACAAACUCGAAAUAUGAGAAGAAAACAUAAAAUAUUGCCGCAAGCGGCAACGAGCAGGUUGGGAGCAUUUGGAAGCUCGUUUCUUAUUCAAUUUUUUUAAAUGAAACGCGGUUUUCAUGAAUGCAAGCUGAAAUAAUGAAGCAGAGUCAGCUCAAGAACUUGAAGAGUUAGUAUUAAGGCCAGGUGAAGUAAGGCAGAGGUGGGGGUUUGAACCCCCAACCGUUGGAUUGAGUUCCUGGCAAAGUCAGUGUUAAGCGCAUGUGUGCAUGAGCAAACAAUAUGAAAGUGUGUAAUUCCUCAAAGUUGUUGACUUCCAGGUGAAAUUAUGAAUUGAAUGUAGUGAACAGUUCAGAUGCUUAGAUUAAUUGUAUACUUUUUUAGCAGAAUUUGAUAUGAUAUUUUAAAUGGAGAGUAUUUCUUAGACGUGUGUAGUCGUCCGUAUUCAUUCAUGUGUUCUUUUAAAAUCGAGUCUGCUCUUAAACAUUUAACAAAUGAAAUGAUAUGCAAAUUGAAGUAAAAACCAACAUGAAGUGUCUCAGUCAGCCUCCAGAACAGCUUCAGGGCUCCUCAUCCCUGAUCCUCCAAGUCUCUGGACUGUACUGGAGGGACGAGCACCAGUCUUCCAAAAGAAUUCCUCCCUCGUGUGGUGUUUUGACGACGGCGGUGGAGAGCGCUGUCCACCGCGUCGGCACAAAAUCUCCCAUUGGUGUUCAGUUGCGUUGAUAUCUGGUGACUGUGAAGGCCACAGAACGCGAUUCGCAUCAUUCUCAUACUCAUCAAACCACUCAGUGACCCGCCGUGCCCUCUGGACGGGGGCACCGUCAUGCUGCUUCUCCACUCAUUUUCAGGUU